GAGAUAUAUGAUACAUGGAGAAUGUGCACAAUGCGAGAGAUAUAAUACUUCAGAAGCAUGGUGUCAGUCGUGUGAUCCUUUUAAAACUACUCAAGGAUGGACUAGUGGAAAUAGUGAAGUCGAUGGUUGCAUUAAAGAAUUUCAACUUAAAGCUACUGAAUAUGAUAAUAUAAUUGAAUGGAUUUCAUUUGAUAGGUUGUCCAACUUGCAAAAAAUUGGAGAAUCAAAAUUUCAGGCAUUAUGGUCAGAUGGAAUACGAAAGGUCAAAAAUAAUACACAAUCACGUACAUUAUCAUGUUCAGUCAAACUUAAGAAAUGUGGUGGUUUACAAGUUGAUGCAUUGGAAUUUAUAAGAUAUGAUAGUAAACAUAAAAUAUACGGAAUAACUCAAGAUACAACUGGUCAAUAUAUGAUUGUAUUUGAUGAUUUUUAUUCUAGAAGGAGUCGUGCACAUGGAAAAUGUUCACAAUGCGAGAGAUAUAAUACUUCAACAGCAUGGUGUCAGUCAUGUGAUACUUAUAAAAUUACUCAAGGAUGGACUAGUGGAAAUAAAUAUAUCGAUAAAUGCAUUACAGAAUUUCAGCUUAAAACUACUGAAUAUGAAGACGUAAUUGAGUGGAUUCCAUUCAAUAGGUUAUCCGAAUUUCGAAACAUUGGAGAAACAGAAUUUCAGGCAUUAUGGUUAGAUGGAGUACGGAAUAUUAAAAAUAGUACACAAUCACGUACGUUAUCUUGUUUAGUCGAACUUAAGAAAUUUGACAGUUUACAAGUUGAUACAUUAGAAUUUAUAAGAAAUGAUAGUAAACAUAAAGUAUGCGGAAUAACCCGGGAUAUAACUGGCCAAUAUAUGAUUGUAUAUGAUGAUUUUUAUUCUCUAAGGUAUAUGAUAUAUGAAGAACGUGCACAAUGCAAGAGAUAUAAUACUUCAAAAGCCUGGUGUCAGUCAUGUGAUCCUUUUAAAACUACUCAAGGAUGGACUAGUGGAAAUAAUGAAAUUGAUUAUUGCAUUAAAGAAUUUCAACUUAAGGCUACUGAAUAUGAGAAUAUAAUUGAAUGGAUUUCGUUUGAUAGGUUGUCUAACUUGCAAAAAAUUGGAGAAUCAAAAUUUCAGGCAUUAUGGUCAGAUGGAAUACGAAAUGUUAAAGAUAAUAAGCAGUCGCAGUUUAUAGAAAAACUUAAAAAACAUAUAAAAUUAAAGGAUAAUAAACAUAAAGUGCAUGGAAUAACUCAAGAUACGACAACUGGUCAAUAUAUGAUUGCAUUUGAUGAUUUUCAUUACAUAAGAAAUAAAUUAUAUAGCAAAUGUGCUCAAUGCAAUCGUUAUAACACUUCAUUUUCCUGGUGUCAACCAUGUGAUCCUUUUAAAAUAACUAAAGGAUGGACUAGUGGAAAUAAAGAUAUCGAUGGUUGCAUUAAAGAAUUUCAGCUUAAUGCUAUUAGACAUGAAGAUGUUAUUGAGUGGAUUCCUUUUAAUAGAUUAAUUAAUUUGCGCAAGAUUAGAGAGACAAGAUUUAUUGCAAUAUGGCUAGAUGGAAUACGAAAGGUCGAAAAUAAUGCAAAAUCACGUUCGUCUAUAGUAGAACUUAAGGAAUUAGACAAUCAUCAAACAAGCGCAUUAGAUUUUAUAAGAAAAUUUAAGAACCAGAAUAAAAAACAUAAAGUAUAUGGGAUAACUCAAGGUACCUCAGCACAAUAUAUGGUUGUAGUUAGUUUUAAUUUUACAGGAGAAGCAAGGUACGGAGCAUGCAGAUGGAGUGAACAUUAUAAUACUUCAAGAGCAUGGUGCCAAUUAUGUGAUCCUUUUAUAAUAACUCAAGAAUGGACAAGCGAAAGUACCGAUAUUGACAAUUGCAUUAAGGAGUUUCAAUCUAUAGCUACCGAGUAUGAUGAAGUGAUAGAAUGGAUUCCUUUUAAUAGAUUGAGUAAUAUACGAGAGAUCGGAAAAGGGAGAUUUGGAUGCAUUUAUUCCGCAAUCUGGUUAGACGGAAAACGAAAAAUCCUAAAUAACAACAAUGAAUUUAUACAAUCACGUACAGAACCUUAUACCGUCGCACUUAAAACCUUACCCGGUUCUCCAACAAGUUCUGCUGAUUUUUUAAGAGAAUUUAAAAGCCAUAUGCAAUGUAGGUUAAUGGGUAGUAGCCUAGAAGUAUAUGGGUUAACGAAAAAUACAACUACAAAUCAACAUAUGAUGGUUCUUCAAUAUGCCAAUAAUGGAACUCCCGAUUUCUAUGUCGAUUUUGCAAAACUAUGCAUGAAUUCUGAUCCACAAGAACGGCCUACAGCUAAAUAUAUUUUUUACCAGCUUGAAGAAUGGUAUAAUUUUAUGGAUGAAGAUAAUGAAAGUGAAAUGGAGCUUGAAUUUGAUGAAGUAGAAAUAAGUAAUAAAUUUUGGGAAUCUGAUGAAAUAGUUAAGCAGCUACCCGUAACUUUGCAGAAACAUCAAGAUGUCACAUAUACAAGUCAAUUUAUUGAUACUUAUGAUAUUUCUCAACGAUUCAGCAAAUUAGUUAAAAGCGUUAAUCUUUCUCAGCGGCAUGAUGAAUCAGUUAAUAUUAGCACAACGGGAUAA